UCCCUGCAGUUCCAGCUCAUUGCUGCUGGACUCCCUCCAGCUACCCACCCACCUACCCACCCACUCACACACUAACUCCCCGGCCGCCCCGCCCCGCGCCUCCAUUUCCUCUCCUUCCUCCGCGGUCCUAGCGCUCGGCCACAUGGAGCCGCAGAGAAAGGGGAGAGCUCUUAGACAAAGGAGACAGCAGAAAAGCUUGCAUGAAGAGCUCAUGAACAGUCUAAGGCAAGGGUCCCCAACCAGAAGCAUGCCAGAAACUGGCAAACAAGCGAAGCCCCAUCCGCGGAAUGGAGCCAACAUGCAAAACCACCUUCCCUCCGAUCCACGGAAAAACCUCUCCACAGAACCGAUCCCUGGUGCCCAAAGAGUUGGGGGCUGCUGGUCUGAGGCAGCAUCAUCUGGAAAGAUGGCUGAAGCAGAAGAAGGAGAGGUUGGCGUGGAUGUGAAGCUAGAGGAGGAGGAGGAAGAUGAAGAGCCCGGCUACAUCCAAUCUGGGAGGCGCUACAGGUGCCUGACCUGUAGCAAAACUUUCCCUAGCGUGCCACGGGUAUUGCGUCAUUUAAAGUCUCACGUGGUUGGUACUGUGGAUGGCAUAGCUGCCAAACUCACUUGUCCUAAUUGCAGGAAAGAGUUUCCUGACCGGGCUCAACUUCGCAAGCACCAGCUCAGCCACCAAACGGAGCGCCCGUACCAAUGCCAGCUUUGUGCUAAGGCCUACAAAACCGCCCCCGAGCUGCGGAACCACGGGCGUAGCCACAGUGGCGAGAAACCCUUUGUUUGCCACGAGUGCGGCAAAGCAUUCAUGCAGCCCGUUUGCCUACGAGUCCACAUGGCCCGGCACACUGGAGACCUGCCCUUCCGCUGCCAGCAGUGCCACAAGGGCUAUGGCACUCUUUCCAAGCUGAAGAUCCACCAGCGUUCUCAUACGGGAGAGAAGCCGUACUCCUGCGGUGAAUGCAGCAAGCGCUUCGCUGACCCCUCGGUGUUCCGGAAGCACCGCCGGACCCAUGCUGGUCUCCGCCCCUACCAGUGUGAGGUGUGCCGCAAGACGUACGCUGAGUUGAAGGAUCUCAAGAAUCACGAGCGCUCCCACACAGGCGAACGCCCCUUCUUGUGCCAGGAUUGUGGAAAGGCCUUUUCCCGGUCCUCAUCGCUGGCCUGCCACCAGCGCAUCCAUGCAGCUCACAAGCCCUACCGUUGCAACCUCUGUGGGAAAGGCUUCACCCAGCUGUCCUCCUUCCAGAGCCACCAGAGGACCCACUCUGGCGAGAAGCCUUUUCUCUGUCCACAGUGCGGACGCAUGUUCAGCGACCCCUCCAGCUUCCGCAGGCAUCAGAGAGCCCACCAGGGCCUCAAGCCUUAUGCCUGCGACAAGUGUGGGAAGGCUUUCCGCCAACCGGCCGACCUGGCCAUGCACCAGCGCAUCCACACGGGUGAGAGGCCCCACAAGUGCUCACAAUGUGACAAGAGCUUCGUGGCUUCGUGGGACCUCAAGCGCCACCUGCUGGUGCACUCUGGCCAGCGCCCUCACCAGUGCGGGGAGUGUGGCAAGAGCUUUGCUGAACGGGCCAGCCUGACCAAACACUACCGUGUUCACUCAGGCGAGCGGCCAUUCAAGUGUGGCCGCUGCGGCAAAGCCUUUGUGGUGUCGUCCAGCCUCCGGAAGCACGAACGCACCCAUGGCAACGAGAACAGCGAGGACAAGGCCACCCCCGCAGGCAACCAGGACCCAUUCCUCAGUGACCCAUCGGCCAUUGUGGUCGCCACCGUGGUGCCCGCCUGUGGGGAGUGUGGGGAGGUCUUUGCCUCCACCCAAGAACUACGGCGCCACGAACGCCUGCUGCAUCCUGGCCUGCGCCCAUUUCCGUGUCCAGAAUGUGGCAAAGGCUUCUCAGACCGGGCUGGCCUGCGUAAACACGAGCGGAUCCACUCGGGAGUCCGUCCCCACGCCUGUCCCCAUUGCUCUAAAGCCUUCCUGGGUGCCUCAGACCUGCGCAAGCACCUCAAGACCCAUGUGGCCCAAGAGAACAGGAGCACCGAGGACACCAUGGUGACUGCCACCAUCAUGACCUACGAAUCCCUCCUCCCUGCUCAUCUCCAUCCCCAUGACGAUGGGACGGAAACUGACAAGGACUCUCCCUCAGACUGCCUGCCUGACCCCCUCACGGAACCCUCGUAAGCUCCGCCUCCCUCCCGCCUUUGCCCAGCCUGCCAUUGGGCGAAAAGAAGCCAACUCAGUUGCUUAAAAGCUCUUUGCGUACUUUGAUGAUUACUCAGUCUUGCCUUGUGAAUGUGAUAUGUGGACCACGCUCUUUCAGGGCCCUCCUGUCCAGCAUGGCUCUCCAGCAUUUCUUUCCAAGUAGGGCUUGAUGUGCUUUAUCAUUGGCUGUGUGUGGCUGCCUUUCCUCCCACCCUCCAUUGUUGCCCACACCAGAUGUCCACUUGCCUGCCCAGUGGGAAAUUAAAUGUGCCUGGUGUGUGUGUGUGUGUGUGUGUGUGUGUGUGUGUGUGUGUGUGUGAGAGAGAGAGAGAGAGAGAGAGAGAGAGAGAGAGAGAGAGAGAGAGAGAGAGAGGAACCAGACUCAAUGCUUUUGAAUCUUUGGUUAGCAAAAGGAGGACGACAUCUCGUGAGUUUGCACAUGUCUGCAUGUGGGGAGGUGUGUUUUUAUUGUUUGCAGGGUGAUGCAUUCAUCUUAUGAGGUGUUUCUGCAACCAUUGUGAACUGCUGGUGUGUUUUUUUUUAAAGAAAAAGAAAAUAACCUCCAGGACUUUUUUUAAGGGCAAGAAGAACUAAAUUGUGAAAUUUUAAGGGAGGAAGCAAAGAACAAUGAUCUUUUCUUCCUGGAGAGUUUUUUAAAUUAUCUGAGGGUUUCCUUGCUUGUAAGAAAAGAUUAAAAUAAAUGGCUUGCUCUUUUUUAAAGGGGAAAAAUUGACUUGGAUUGCAUGUGGGAGAUGCAAAUUUUUUAGCGUAGGGGACACAAUCCUUAUAUUAUCCUUAUCUCACCUAUAGAAAUUUAUCUUGCCUAUUGAAUUUCAUUUCAAGUUUUAUUUUAUUCCUGUAUUUAUUAUAUAUAUUUACCAUUGCUAUCAAAAGCCUCUCAGCAAUAAAGGCUGUUUGACCUCUGAGGAGAAGGUUUGAAAAUCUUCCUGUUUUCCUUUCUUCUCCCACUACAUUUCCAGGGGGAAAAACCCUCAGUCUUGGUCCUUCUCCCAACUAUUUAUGUCCAUGAAGCCUCUGAACUCUGAUUGGCUGGCCUGCUGUGAUGUCACUGAAGGUUCACUUGCUCAGUGUAGUCCGCUUGCAUCUUUUCUGAGUGUAGGUAUAUUUAUUAGUGGGAAUAGGGUUUAAACCACCCAUGGGAUUCUCGGGAAGAGAUUCUGAGAGGCAGAAAAAUUAAAAAACAGAAUGGUGGAAUGAAGAGGACCAGAAGAAGGGGGCAAUGCAUAGGCCAGAUCAGUGGUGGGUUGCAACCGAUUCACCCCCAUCAGGCAAACUGGUAGCGGUGGCGGCAGGAGGCUCUGCUCACCCACGUGGACUUGUCUGUGCAUGUGCUGAAGCUUCUGCUCAUGUGCAGAUGGGUCACGCGUGCGCACCCACGAGUGAACCAGUAGCGAAUGAAAUUGAAACCCACUACUGGGCCAGAUGUUAGGAAUUGGAGCAGUGGUGGAAUUCAAUUUUUGUUUCUGCCGGUUCUGUGGGUGUGGCUUGGUGGGCAUGCCAGGGGAAGAAUACUGCAAAAUCUCCAUUCCCACCCCACUCCUGGGAGAAGGAUAUUGCAAAAUCUCCAUUCCCACUCCACUCUGGGGCCAGACAGAGGUGGUAUUUGCCGGUUCUCCAAACUACUCAAAAUUUCUGCUACCAGUUCUUCAAAACCUGCUGAAUAGCACUUCUCAAUUGUGGACUUUCCAGGUGUGGUUGAAUCAUAGCUUCCAUCACCAGCAGCCAUGCUAAUUGUGGCUAAGAAAAGCCAGAAGGAGAAGAAAAAAAGGGAAAAAUGAAAUCAAGAAAAGAUGAAUACUCUUGUUGGCCAGUCUUCUCAAAAAGAGGUUCUUCAGAGAUAUCUUUGAUUUCAACUCUGAUCAGAAGAUUUGUUGGACGAUUUCUGGCUGGGAGGUGUCCAUGUAUGUCCAACUGUGGGGAAAAUUUAUGUAGAAGAUGGGCUAGGUAGUCCAGGAUAAAAUGUGAGAAUCAGCAGCUGAUUGACAGAAGGAGGAACCAAGAGGAAUGUUAGAUGGGCAAAAGGUAAGGAAACAAAACCAGAAGGGGUGAACACUCAUGGGGUUACCUAGGCAAGUAAGGAAGUGUCUGCAAGCAAAUAACCAAGCUCACCACCAAGGUGUCCACAGUUCGUCCUUGAGCUACAGAUAUUUUUUUUAUUGACAUACAGGCAGGAAGGAAUGGGUGGGUAUCUUAGACGGAGUUCCAGUAACUCUGACUGGGACAUCCUGUUUUGGUGUCAUCUUGUUAUGGCAACAUCACGACCUGACAGUCCUCCAGGGAAUGGCUGAAGGAAGACGGAGUACACUCUCAGACAUAUCUGGCGGGGGGGAAGGGAAUACUUUACUCCUGGCCCAGUCUUCAGCAACUUGGAAUAAACAUCUACAGUUUUGCCAUUUAAAGGGCACCAGAUUGAAUGGGCAUCUUCAAAGAGGUGGCUUUCAGUUGGAUGGACUUCAACUCCCAGAAUUCUCAGCAAUGGUCUUUCUGGCUGGAGGUUUCUGGGUGUUUAAGUUCACAAAUCCAGUGGGCAGGGCACCCUAUUGGGGAAGGAUACCUUAUCUGCUUCCAUUUUUUCUUUAAAAUCCCCCAGAGACGAGAUAUCACGCUUGUAAUUGCCACGUAAGGAAUGAUAGGGAAACUAACCAAGAAGGGAGCUGGGUUUUUUUUGUGGAUAUUGGCAUUAAGAGUUGUUCCAACUUAUUAGGUUUUUAUUCCUCUUAGGUUCAGACUAUAUUAACCAGGAGUGUCCAACUUUGGCAACUUUUAAGACUUGUGGACUUCAACUCCCAGAAUUCCCUAGCCAGCAUGUUUAGGAAUUGGGUGUGUCGAGUCUAGUGAAAAGAAUGACCAUGGUGAUACGAUAGCAGUGUUCCAAUAUUUGGGGGGCUGCCACAAAGAAGAAGGGGUCAACCUAUUUUCCAAAGUACCAGAAGGCAAGACAAGAA